AUGACUACGAUAUCGCCUCCGUCAAUAGCGACAGGCGAGGAGGCCCUCGCGGCGUCCACGAAGGAACCAGAGCGGCAGGCUGUUGAUCAUCAACGUUUGAUUACUGACGCCCAAGCUUCCUCGACCCACGCCCACGCCACGGCGGCGGUGCCUCCAAGACACGACUUUCAUGAUGCGACUGCGCUGCUCACGUCAGCAUGUGACGCCCUUCGAAACGGCCAGAUGGUUGCAGUGCCCAACUUUUCGCUGAUGGACUCCAUGGCUGCCGUCAAGAUCAUGGAUGCAAGAAUGGAUUCGGGCAUGGAGCUGCCUGCCUCGGAGUUGCCAGAAUCGGAUCGAUUGGAUACAGCAGAUAGUCAGGUCAGCUUGGAGGACUUUGAUCCUUUCAAGCCGCUCACAGUGCCCGACGUGCUGUGGAUCAUGGAUCGUCUCCUAGCAUGCGAAGCCGCGUGGCAUCGCGGAUCGGCGCUGUCCCAGACCCUCUAUACAUGCCUCUACUUUCACGCUAUCAAGAGCCUUUCUCACAAGCAUCCGCGUUUUCAGCCUUUGUCUGCUUUCAGAGACGGUACAGGGAAGAUCCCUGCAGAAGCCAGCACAUCAGCAGCAGCUUCAACGACGUCCGAUCAUCCCCCUUUGCAGCUCGUGUACAAGGUCCUGAGAGCCUUCCUCUUGGGCACAGUCAAAACCAUUGACAUCGCUUGGUCCGAGCUCGCUUCCAAGCAACAUCUUCAUGAUGGCGAAGACUUUUCUUCAGACAAGAGUGGACUCAGCCUCCUCGAGACCACCGACACUGGAUACAUCGUCGCCGAGCUGGAGGACGCGCUGGAGUGGUUGCAGUCGCAGUCGGGCCGUUUGCCCCCUAGCCAUGUGGACGCUCUCAGAGCGAGGCUUGGGUUUCGUAAGCAGAUGCUGUACGCGGCUCGUCUACUGCAGAGUCCGGCCGAGGCUGCGCACUUGGACGUCGUGAUGCAUGCCAAGUUCGCCCGGCGCAGUUGGACCCUGCUGCUUCCCAUGUCGGACACAGCGGAUGCGAACGGCAACACGACGUCUGAGCGUGGAGCGUCGUCGCCGGGUAGCAGCAAAGAAGGUGCGUCACAAGUGAUGCCGUUGCGGCCAGCGGACCGGAUUGCAGCGCCUUCACCUGCAUCUAUCGCCGCCUUCGAUCCGGCGUACAAUCGCCGUCUGGCGUGGUGUCAGGCGCUCAGACCCAUCUCACUGCCCACAGCCCACGACACUUGGCGUAUUCUGGAUGGUAUCCUCGAAGAGCUUCAAGAUGUGGUUCGCGUUCUACAGCAUCCAGACUGGCUCAACUGGAAGUCCUUCUUCACACUUCGCGCCGUCCGCUUCCAGCAAUCGCAACCACUCGCAGCGACGCCCUACGUGCGGUCCUUGUUUCAGACCGUCAUUUGCGAUCGAAGCAUGAUCGCCACUCGAUUGCCCCUCGAAUGGAUCACUGAGGCCUUCUUUCAGGAGGUGGCUCUCGUCGACCCGCUGCUUCUUCGCCGUGCUUCGCGCAUCGGCAGAAGCAACGUCGAGGGCGGAGCACAGACAAUGUGGAACGCUCCGCCGCCACUUGGGCAGCGCUUCCACUACUUUACCCAAAGGGUAGCCGGCCAGCUGGUGCAGUAUCUGACGGCGCUCUCGCAGAAUCGCUCUCGCUGCAAGCGAGUCUUAUCUUCGAAGCUCUACGGCGAAUGGGUCCACAUCUCCGAGGAAGCAGGCGACAUUGGUCGUCAGCUGGAGGCAAACCUGUUACCGGGCGACCGUUAUCUUCCCGACUCACUCUUUGCAGCUACUCAGCACCUUGCGCUCGAGAUCAUGACACAAAUCACGCUCUCUGGAUUCGAACUCGAUCUUUAUACCGUCGGCACGGAUCGCGAGACAAUGUGGUGGCUUGCCAGCCGCAUCCAGGUCGAGCAGAGUAUUGUGUGCUCCGACCUUCGAGUCGAACUUUCCAAGUUGCUCGAACGACUUUUGCCCGAACAUCGACCACGCCGAUAUGCUCGCACGAUCCUCUAUCUUUCGCGCCAGAUCCUUCUGGCACAAGCCCUGGAGCAGCUGGCUGUCAGCACCAUCUUCUUGGUACAGCUCUCCGAUCAAACCCGACGGACUCAGCAAGGAGCGGAACAGCUUUGGCAAGCGCUCUGUCCCGGACAAAGCGAUUGCUCGGUAGAAAUGGAAGCCGCCGUGUUCUCUACCAGGAUCAAGUGGAUGCGCUCGAAUGUACGUCGACAGCUCGAGGACGACGAAGCUUCCAUUGACAAGGAUCCCGGCGAAACGCUGUGGCAAGAGUUCCUAGACUUCAGAGCGGAGCUGCAGGCCACUGAUGAAGACACCUUGGCCGCAGUUGCAGGCGACAGAUUGGAUCAGGCUAUCGCACACCUACAGCAGCUUUCAGAGUCGUUGUCCGACGAACAUCAAUAUGAGCUUGGAGCCGUAGCUUUCAGCGGAAUGGUCGCUAUACUUUUGGCAACAGCACGCCACAACAGAAAGUCGCUGGCUACAACACUAUCAGCUGGACACGAUCCAAAGCAACGCGAACGCGGGGCCCAGCACGAAUGGAUCUUCGAGCACCCCUGGAUACCCAAGUGGACUCCACCUGAACGCAAAUCAGCAUAA